AAAUUAUUAAAAAAAUAAAAUUUGAACUAACUAAUUUAGUUCAGUUGGGUCUAUUAAGUAGAUAUCUAACGAACUUUUUUUCUCAACGCUGGUAGGCAAUAAGGAACUGUUAUAGAACUCAACGACAAAGUGGAAUAUGUCCUUCAGUUAUAAUUGCAAAGCAUACAUUCUUGCUGACUGAGAGGGUCAUAGGACUUGUGAUAAAAGUUCAGCACUUCUAACUGUAUAAGCCAAUGUAAGAUGUAAUAUUCAGGAUGUGUAAUAGACUGCCCCCUUAGAGAGAUAUUAUACUUCUAUUCUGUACUAAUAGCACACCAUUAAUCCUAAUACAUUAAUAAAUUCGAUUAAUAGGCUGGUUUCAGUAGACGAAUUUCUUCUAUAGUUUUAUUGUACAUCGCAAAACACUUCCUCCUGUGGGCUAAUGCGGAGCCAAAGCUUGUUAUUAGUUGUGUUGGUGUUUCAGACUCUGCACGUGUCAUGUUGGGUUAUACCAAUCUUCUUCAGAAUUCAGUCUACAGUUUCCGGUCAAGAAUCCUGACAGGAUUUGAAGUUUUUCUGGCUUCCUUUGAUGCAUUCUGUUGUUUCUUUCCAUGCACAAAUAAUCCAAGAUAUCGUCUGGAGCCUCAAUUAGAUAAAAAUGAUGAAUUUGUUUUAUUGGAUGAAGGCUAUCUCCAGAUACCGGCUCUUAGCGAUCCUCCUAUUCACCCUUCGGAGUAUUGUUUAGAGUCUUUUAAAAUGGAUGACGGUUCUGUUGCUGUGCUUCCGCUUAUCUGUUUUCCACAACCAGUAGUCGAACCGUUAUGGAAGACCAUAACGGACGUGAUAUAUCCAUUAGGCUGUAUUAUAUCAGUGCCUUUUCUUAUCAUGAUACUUUUUGUCUAUCUUGGGAUUUCGGAAUUAAAAGACACAUAUGGUAAAUUAGUGUCGUGUCAUUGCUUCUGCCUAGCUGUCGCAUACGCUACCCUUGGAAUUGUUCAUAUUUUUGGAAGUGAUCUUACUCAAGAAAUGUGCAUUGGUUUUGCAUAUAUAAUACAAUUUUCAUUUCUAUCAUGCUUUAUUUGGUUAAAUAUACUUUGUUUUCAUACUUGGAAGAGACUAACGAGAAAGGCCACACACAAUACAACUUCUUCAAGCUCUGAUAAAUGUGUGUUUUUCAAAUAUAAUUUAUUUGCCUGGGGUAUUCCAACCGCUAUUGUAGUAAUUACUGUAGUGAUGGACUAUACUCCUUCAAUUCCUUUAUCCUACUUAAAACCAAAUAUGGGAGUCAGCGCUUGUUGGUUCCAAGGAGACAAAUCAGUUAUUCCAUUCUUCUACGGUCCGAUUAUUUUAGUACUUAUAGGCAACACUGUAUAUUUUGUAUUGACAGCUAGAUUUCUUCACAAAAACAGAAAUAAAAAAAAUGGAACAAGCGAAAUACACCAUCUGUCUGAUGUAGUUAAUGCUGUUAUUAUAAACAGAAAAGAAAAAUUAUUUAUGCAAGUGCUUGUUUUAUUCUGUAUGAUGGGACUGAAUUGGAUCCUCGAGGUUUUGUCUUGGGCUAUUGGCAGUCCUUCUCAAUUCUGGAUAAUCACCGAUGUCCUAAACACCCUUCAAGGGCCUAUCUUGUUUUGGGUAUUCGUCUUAAAUGAUAUGAGAGUGCGGCAGUGCGCAAAGGCCAAAUAUUGCAAAUGCUGUUUACCAAAAAGUGAAACAACGCCAGAGGAAACGUUAAUGGUAGAAUUGCCCGAGGUUAUAAGGAGGGUGUAAAACACCAAAAACUAUUAUUUAUUUAUUUAUUUAAUUUAAUAUAACAUUUGUUGUAUUAAAUUAAAACUGACUAACCCAUUAAAUUAAUUUCUAAUUAAAGAAAUGCGAUCUAAAAGCAAAUGGUCAUGUUUUGCUAGUCUCAUAAUUGUAAAACAUUGGUAAAAAAUGUAUCGUUGAUCUAACUUAUAACAUAAUUUAAAGAAAUUUCUAAUAAACUUUAAAUAUUUAUUUAAAACUAUUAUAAAAAAAAUUUAAUGCAUGCUGCAAAAUAAGCAAAAUAA